CCUAACAGUAAAGAUGCAUUUCUUUCUCUUUCCAACAAUGUUGAUAAUUAUAAUGGCUACGAUUGGGCAGUCAUGUUUGAUGGUAGCUGCAAAUGAACCAGUAUGUUCAAGAUUUGACUAUGAGGAAAAAUUAUUAGAAAAAAUGGUUAGAUCGGAGAUAAAAGUUGAACAAAUGGUAGAAGAGAUGAAGAAAACAAAAGAAAGUGUAGCGACCAUAGCGACAGACAUUAAGCAAAGAGUUGAAAACGUGGAAAGUAAUUCCAUUCGAUUGCAAGGACUUAUUAACGAGACUUUGACAAGGUUCGGCGAAGAUAUAUCGGAAGAGAAGAACAAACUAACAGCACUUUUUAACGAGGCUUUGACAAGGUUCACUGAGGAUAUAGCAGAGGAAAAGAACAAACUAACAGCAUUAGCAGAGAAAAUGACACCUGUUCCUGUCGUGGCAUUCCACGCUCGUCGCUCGUCUUCUGCCACAGUGAGCACUGGUGGAACUCUCGUUUUUGAUACCGUCUUAAUAAAUGAAGGUGAAGGUUACGACAGGGCUACAGGUAUAUUCACUGCACCAUACAAUGGACUUUAUUACUUUGCAGCUCAUGUAUGUAAUCCCGCGUAUUAUGCUGUACAUUACGCAAUAGUUGUCGAUAAUAAUCAGAUAGCAUCUAGCACACAGUACGAUAGUGAUAAUGUGUACAGCUGUAGCUCUGUAAACGCCGUCGUGAUGAUGAAGUCUGCAGACCGUGCGUGGAUCAAAUGUACGAUUGGUUCAACCUUUUACCAUGACAGUUCCAGAUGGAAUUCAUUUACUGGAACACUUUUAAACAGAUAAAUCGUAGAUCUUUCGUCAAAGAAAUGUGUUUAUAGUGCUUUCUUUAUAUCCGAGCGCUUGAACUGAAGCUGAAAUGGCAUUGACCUAUAUAGCUAUCAGUCUGAGAGUGUAUUAAAAAAUCCAUCUUUCAAAUUUAUAUUAACAAGUACAGUAUAAGUUUAUACUAGAUGCUGAACGUUUAGCUUCUGCAGACUUUUGGAUGGAUAGUUACAAAUGCAAUUCAGUCAUGGAUGCUCUACUGAACAGAAAAACGCUAAAGCCCAAGAACUAAGUAGAGACAAUUUUUAUACGGAUUGUUAAAAAAACUAACAUAGCAUUCAAACAAAUUCACCCUUGUAAUUGAAACAAAAUAACGCCCUUAUGUUAAUCAUUCGCAUUAACCAAAUGUUUCAACAUUUAUCACUUUUUUACGUUUUAAUAAAUGAAUAUUGUCAUUAUGCUAGGAAUUAUAAAAAGCGCAAAUGUCGAUUCUUUGUCACGUGAUAUUAGCUAUAUAUAUUAUUAAUAGCGGACAAUCCUACAGUACAUUAAGGGCCAUUAAGUGGUACGAAUAUACUGUUACAUGAGCGUAAAUGUGAACACCAACAUUGGAAGAAAGACUUUCCCAGCUUAGGAGAUACAAACUUUUGGUGAAAAUAAUAUGCCGCCAUGUUAAAAAGAGAUUUCUGAUAUGUAUACAAUACAGAAAGUUUAAAGGUUGAAAAAUUAGUCUUUAAUUGUCAUAACGUUUUUUUUCAUGCAUAGACAAAUUAGAUUUUCAAGAAUUUUGUAAAUUAAGAUUACUUAUAUAUAAAAUAAUUCUUUUUGAUUUCAUCUUACGUAUUCAUUGAUGCAGGACUGAUUUUGUGUAUUUUAGAUAUUCUCCUGUUGCAGUAUAAUGAAGCUAUUUCAGUUUUUUAAAAGGCAUGCGUGAAACAUGUUAAAAUAUAUUUUACAAUGUUCGCUUUAGUUUUUGCAAUUAUGACAGUGUGCAGCAUGAGUAAAAUCUUUAUGCACUAACUAGUUUGAUUUUAUUGUCACACAGACACAGUUACAGAAGAAAAAGGUAAGGGUAGAUUUCCCGGAAGCACAGAGCGCUCCAAACACAGCCACAAG